AUGGCUGCGGUGUGCGUGUCUGUCGUUUGUUGUGGUGUGGGUGCUGUUGCCUUGUCUUGUGCUUCUCUACCCAUCCAUCCAUCCAUCCGUCCGCCCGUCCGUCCGUCCGUCCGUCCGUCCGUCCGUCCGUCCGUCCGUCCGUCCGUCCGUCCGUCCGUCCGUCCCUCCGUCCCUUCGUCCCUCCGUCCCUCCGUCCCUCCGUCCCUCCGUCCCUCCGUCCCUCCUUCCCUCCGUCCCUCCGUCCCUCCGUCCAUCCGUGGGCGUGAGUGGGAGGGGCGUGAGUGGAAAGGGUGUGAGUGGGAGGGGCGUGGGUGGGAGCAGCAGGUGCUAAGAGGUGGAGCGAUCACAGCAGGUGCUAAGAGGCUGGUGGUGGAUCUGGGCAUGCUGGGCGUCAUGCUGCACCAGCAGCCCAUGAUGCCCAUCACCUUCCACGUCUCCCCGCCUGGCGUCACCCGCAGCAUGAGCCAAGAGCUGCUAGAGGAGGAGAUCACAGCCUUCACACUGGGCAUGGCACUGCACGACCCCAGCACGCCCGAGUGGCCCAUCUACAUGCCCAUGGCCAAGUCCCUCGUCCGCGCCCUCGAUGCCACGCAGCUCGCUGCCAGGGAGCUGCUGCCUCAUGUGCCGGUGAGUGAGAGAGUGUUUGUGUGGCAAGCAAGGGUGGCUCACCCCCCUACAUGCCCAUGGCCAAGUCCAUCAUCCACCGCGCCCUCGAUGCCACCCAGCUCGCUGCAAGAGAGCUGCUGCCCCAUGUGCCGGUGA